AAUUUAUUCGUAUAGAGACACGUUUGUUCGAGCGCCUCCUCAUAGGCGACUCGUAGGUAAUACGCGUAGCACGAUGAAUAACGUUCGAACGUUUUACGCGAAUCUACGCGCGAACGGAGGAUCGUUCGGGUAACUUUUAAUAAGAGGCCGCGUAAAACGACACCACCCGAUAUACGUAUGGACGAAGAUGCGCGAACCGUUCCAUGGAAGCUGUUCAUUUGUUCGAACAUAGCUCGAGGGCGUUGUUUCUCUGCACGAAGGGGACCGAGAUCGGUGUCUGUCAGCUGACUUUGACAGAUACAGUAAACUUUUAUUUUUUAUCUUACUUUUACAUGGUCCAGGGAGAAACCGAUGGACUGGAGAAACGAUGAAUCCGAUAAUUCGAGCGUUGAAAAUUUUACGUGGGACGAGAAAAGUGUUUUGUCGAAGAAUAAAAGCGACGCGAGCCUGUCCGGCGCUAUAGGAUGCAACGUGUGUUCCCAAGGAGUGCAGGCGAAUUUUGGCAAUUGCAAAGAGUCGAGAAGCUUCGCAUCUGUCCUCGAGCGUUUGGAAUUAGACGCGGAACUAGAAGCCAGGAACGAGAUACCGCUCGGACGAACUAACGACGCUCAGACAGAACCGUUCGAAGAGGUCGAGCAAGAAUUGUACAGUUUAAGUGCCAGAGACGUGUUUCCCUGUCGACAAGUUCUACGUCGCUCUGACAUUUUGUACUUUCAAGUACGACAUCCAACUAUUACGCGUACACGUUUCGCUGAGUCGUUGACAAAUUUUCAGGGUGUUAGGUAUCCACCGGAGGAUAUCGCUAGCUACUGGAAAAAGGACUCGCGAAUGUGGCUGUGGAAGUCUAUCAGACUAAUGCGAAGAAGAAAUAAGCCUAUACCUCCGAAAACGUGCGAAACUAACAACGAAAACAAAGAAACAGAAUAAUUCGAUCGUCUAUCUAGGAUUUCGGACGUGGAGCUGUUUGCAUUUAUAGACCGUUGUAUUUAUCGCUCGUAUUAUCAUUUUAAAUCGAAUCUAUUUUGCUACGUACGUACUCUCUGAAUUCGACUAUAAGUAAACUUUAUUAUCGAGAUGUA